AUGCUGCUGCAGCAUUAUCCUGUGAAACCAGCACAAAUGGCCAUGUCUUAUAUGUUUGCUUUAAUAUUAGCAAUGGAUACUAUAGCGAGUGGAUUGAGAUUUGGAGUGGAAGGCUUGAGUAUGAAUUAUUACAUAAUGAAUUGUCCAUUUGCUGAGGGAAUUAUCAAGAAUACUGUUAACAUGGCUUUGCAAUCUGAUCCCACUCUUGCAGCAGGCCUAGUCAGGAUGCAUUUCCACGACUGCUUUGUAGAGGGAUGUGAUGGAUCAGUACUAAUUGACUCUACAAAAGGUAACACAGCUGAAAAAGAUUCCCCAGCAAAUUUAAGCUUGAGGGGUUAUGAAAUAAUCGAUCAAGCAAAGGAAGAAAUUGAAAAGCAGUGUCCAGGAGUAGUUUCUUGUGCUGAUAUUCUUGCAAUGGCUGCAAGGGAUGCUGUUUUCUUCGCUGGAGGGCCAGUAUAUGACAUACCUAAAGGAAGAAAAGAUGGAAGAAGGUCAAAAAUAGAAGACACGAUCAACCUUCCUCCACCAACCUUAAACAGUUCUGGGCUUAUAAGGAUGUUUGGGCAGCGUGGUUUUACUGCUCAAGAAAUGGUGGCUUUGUCUGGGGCGCACACACUAGGAGUGGCAAGAUGUUCAUCAUUCAAACACAGAUUGAGCAAUUUCGACACCACUAAUGAUGUCGAUCCUACGUUGGACACAAAAUUUGCAAAAACACUGUCCAAAACAUGCAGGGCAGGGGACAAUGCUGAGCAGGCAUUUGAUUCUACAAGAAAUAGUUUUGACAAUGAUUAUUUCUAUGCAUUGCAGAGGAAAAAUGGUGUACUUUUUUCAGAUCAAACUUUGUUUGCAAGUGCAAGAACUAGAGGAAUAGUGAAUGGUUAUGCUAUGAACCAGGCUAUGUUCUUCCUAGAUUUCCAACAAGCCAUGGUGAAAAUGAGUAUGCUCGAUGUUAAAGAAGGGUCCAAAGGAGAAGGAUGUGAUGGAUCAGUACUAAUUGACUCUACAAAAGGUAACACAGCUGAAAAAGAUUCCCCAGCAAAUUUAAGCUUGAGGGGUUAUGAAAUAAUCGAUCAAGCAAAGGAAGAAAUUGAAAAGCAGUGUCCAGGAGUAGUUUCUUGUGCUGAUAUUCUUGCAAUGGCUGCAAGGGAUGCUGUUUUCUUCGCUGGAGGGCCAGUAUAUGACAUACCUAAAGGAAGAAAAGAUGGAAGAAGGUCAAAAAUAGAAGACACGAUCAACCUUCCUCCACCAACCUUAAACAGUUCUGGGCUUAUAAGGAUGUUUGGGCAGCGUGGUUUUACUGCUCAAGAAAUGGUGGCUUUGUCUGGGGCGCACACACUAGGAGUGGCAAGAUGUUCAUCAUUCAAACACAGAUUGAGCAAUUUCGACACCACUAAUGAUGUCGAUCCUACGUUGGACACAAAAUUUGCAAAAACACUGUCCAAAACAUGCAGGGCAGGGGACAAUGCUGAGCAGGCAUUUGAUUCUACAAGAAAUAGUUUUGACAAUGAUUAUUUCUAUGCAUUGCAGAGGAAAAAUGGUGUACUUUUUUCAGAUCAAACUUUGUUUGCAAGUGCAAGAACUAGAGGAAUAGUGAAUGGUUAUGCUAUGAACCAGGCUAUGUUCUUCCUAGAUUUCCAACAAGCCAUGGUGAAAAUGAGUAUGCUCGAUGUUAAAGAAGGGUCCAAAGGAGAAGUUCGAGAUAAUUGUCGUCUAAUUAACUGA